CGUACCCUUAUAGAAGUUAACCUCAGCAAGUUUUCUGAAUGGCUCUACGAUUUGGCCGAAACUGUUUCGCCAAUUGUUUCCAUCUCAUCUAAUGAAUUCCGACUAUCCAGAACGACCAAAAAAGGGGUUGCCUUUCUAAAUGCGCACUCUGAAGAUGAUCGCGUCGAUUUGAAUUUUUCUCCAUAUGCAACACAUGAAGAACAACGGAACACCGACGACAUUACAAUAAACAGAGUAACAGAAAGGUUCUGUCUGAUCUGUAAAGGUAACUGCCCAAAGGUCGAAGAAUGUAAACGCUUUGUAGAGAUGACUUACAAGGCACGUUGGGAUGUGGUUCAUGAAUUCAACCUCUGCAAACGAUGCCUGAGAAGGCACGGACGCAAGCCCUGUAAAUCCCAGAAGCUGUGUGGACAAAACGGUUGCGAUUAUAAGCAUCAUCCAUAUCUUCAUAAACACGGAAGCGAACCAAACGUACAAGAAGGUCAUAUGCACCAUCAUUCUUCGAAUCAAGUUUUGUACCGGGUGGUACCCGUGAUCCUAUAUGGACCCGAGAAAAAGCUGCAUACCUACGCGUUUCUUGAUGAUGGUUCAUCAGUUACUCUGGUUGAUUCAACUAUCGCAGGGGAUUUGGGAAUCAAAGGGAAAUUGGAACCCCUUUGCCUCAAAUGGACGGGGAACAGAACUCGGCAGGAGAAGGAAUCUGAAAACAUUUGGAUUGAAAUCUCAGGUACAGAGAAACAUCAUAAAAGGUACGAGCUUCCAGAAGUGCACACUGUGAAGAACCUUGAUUUGUUCCAUCAAACAUUGGACAUGGAACAGCUCAGAAGACGUUAUCAUCACUUAAAAGGUGUUCCAGCAAAAUCUUAUCACGAUGUACAACCUCGAAUCUUGAUUGGAAGUAAUAAUGCGAAUUUGGGUUAUGCAUUAAGAGGUCGAGAAGGUAACAUGUAUGAACCUGUAGCCACUAAAACUCGGCUCGGAUGGAUUGUGUACGGUGGAAGCGACAAAAUAAGACGACAAUUUCCCGGGUUUCAAUGUUUCCAUCACUGCGAAUGCAGAACAAACAGCGACAAUAUACUUCAUGAGGCAGUGAAGGAGUUUUUUGCCAUAGAAAAGGCUGGUAUUGAAAAGCCAAUUAGACUAAUCGAAUCUAACGAUGAUCGUCGAGCACGAACUAUUUUGGAAUCACUUCAGCGUACCGACAACGGUCGUUACAAACUACGUCUACUUUGGAAGUUUGAUAAAUUUCGAUUGCCAGAAAGCAGAAAUUACGCUCUUCGUCGAGCACACUGUCUAGAAACUAAAUUGAAAAAACAGCCCCAGCUAGCAGCGAUAUUGAGCGAAAAAAUGAAAGACUACGUUUCGAAAGGCUACGUGAGAAAACUGACUGACGAUGAACUUGCUGAAAAUCGACCACUUGUAUGGUAUUUACCCAUUUUCCCAGUUUUCAAUGCUAACAAACCUAAUAAAGUUCGAAUGGUAUGGGACGCAGCCGCCAAAGUCCAUGGCAUCUCUCUAAAUUCAAUGCUACUCAAGGGCCCCGACCAGAACUGCGCUUUGACCGACGUGCUUAUUCGUUUCCGGGCGAAUCGGAUUGCGGUUUGCGGUGACAUUCGUGAAAUGUUUCACCAAGUUCUCAUAUCCGAAGAAGACCAACACUGCCAGCGAUUUCUAUGGAAGGACAACGUGAAUGAUGCUGAACCCAGUACCUACGUGAUGCAAGUGAUGACGUUUGGGGCAAGCUGCUCGCCCAGUUCUGCGCAGUACGUGAAAAACUACAACGCUCAACAGUACCAAGGCCAAUACCCUCUAGCGGCAGCAGCGAUAACAAAUAGUCACUACGUCGAUGACAUGCUACUGAGUGUGGAAUCGGAACAAGAAGCAAUUCAACUAGCCAAGGAGGUUCGUUUCAUCCAUGCGCAGGCUGGAUUUGAAAUGCGAAAUUGGUUGUCAAAUUCGCGGGCCGUUGUUACAGCGCUGAAUGAGUGUGGUGAGAACGAAAAAAGUCUCAACAUUGGCGAUCAGACGUCUACGGAAAAGGUAUUGGGAAUGUGGUGGUGCACAUCGACAGACUGCUUUACAUAUAAGUUGUCUCCGAAGCACGAGGAAGAUCUGCUGGCUGGAAAACGCGUACCUACAAAACGUGAGGUGCUUCGCACUCUGAUGGCAAUUUUCGAUCCAUUGGGAUUCCUUUCGAACUUGCUCAUCGUUCUAAAAGUUAUCCUUCAAGAAAUUUGGAGGUCAACCGUUGGAUGGGAUGACCAAAUCCCGAUGAAACUCUUCGAUGAUUGGCUACAAUGGUUAAGUGUGCUGCCAAGAGUUAAAGAUAUCAAAAUUCCUCGUUGCUAUCUUUCCAACCUUUCAGUAAAUACAGGAACUUUAGUAACUUUGCAUACAUUCGUAGAUGCCAGCGAACUAGCUUACGCAGCCGUCACGUACAUUAGAUUUCAACAAGGCGAUACUGUGGAGUGUGCAAUAGUGGGAGCCAAGGCUCGAGUUGCACCACUAAGAUUCCUCUCGAUUCCAAGAAUGGAACUGCAGGCAGCCGUUAUCGGAGUUAGAUUGGCAGAUACCAUUUCAAAUGCGCUUUGCUUUAAAAUAAAUCAGCGCAUUUUCUGGAGCGAUUCUCGAGACGUUCUAUGCUGGUUAAGGUCCGAUCAUCGACGUUACUCUCAUUACGUUGGUCACAGGGUUAGCGAAAUACUCGAAACUACGCAAGUUGGCGACUGGAAAUGGGUGCCUACAGAAGAAAACGUUGCUGAUGAAGCGACUAAAUGGCAGCGUCUACCAGAUCUUAAUAGUGAAUGCCGCUGGUUGAAUGGACCCGAAUUCCUGCGAGAGGACGAAGCAGCUUGGCCAUGUGAGCGGUUUGGAAAAUCGUAUACAGAAGAGGAACUUAGACCGAACGUCUCUUGUAAUGUACAUUCACUUCUUCCUGCACCCUUUAUACAAUCGGAUAGAUUUAGGAGUUGGAACUUGCUCCGGCGAACAGCAGCCUGGAUUCUUCGAUUCGCGCACAAUGCUCGAUAUAAAAAGUACCAAGAAAAGUGGACUGGUCCUCUCUCGGGAAAAGAACUUCACCGGGGAGAAGUGUUGAUGUUUCGACAAGCUCAGAACGAAUUUUUUAUAGAUGAAAUAAACUCACUGGCGUCAACAUCUCCCACACCUACCAUACACAAAUCAAGUCCAAUCUACAAGCUGUGGCCCUUUCUUGAUGAUGAACAAGUCUUGCGAGCCGCAACUCGAAUCGAAGCAUGUGAAGCAGCUAGCAUGGAUGCGAAAAAUCCAAUAAUUCUUCCGAAAGAUCAUCCAAUUUCUCGACUCAUAGUGCAACAUUAUCAUGUAAAGUUCUAUCAUCGCAACCAUCAGACGGUAAUAAACGAACUGAGACAAAGAUUUCGAGUGACACCUAGGCUAUCAAGCCUAUAUUGGAAGGUGCGAGCAAACUGUCAGCUGUGUAAGAACCUAAAAGCCGCUCCAAGACCGCCUCGUAUGAGUAAUCUACCAUCAACAAGGCUUUCGACAUUCACCAGACCAUUUUCCUUCGUAGGCAUUGACUACUUCGGUCCAAUGUUCGUUUCUGUCAAGCGUAGUACUGAAAAGCGUUGGGGCGUCUUAAUAACUUGUUUGACCGUUCGAGCAAUACACAUUGAAAUCGCACACUCUUUGUCAGCUGAGUCAUGCAUCAUGGCUCUUCGAAAUUUUAUGGGGCGGCGAGGCACACCAACCAAAAUCUUUAGCGACCGUGGCACAAAUUUUAUUGGGGCAAAUAAAGAGCUCAAGGUGGCACUAGGGGAAAUGGAUCAAAAAGCUCUCUUGCAGGAAAUUUCAAGUCCAGAAACAACCUGGUCUUUCAUACCACCCGUUUCCCCUCAUAUGGGAGGAUCUUGGGAGCGGAUGAUCCAAACAGUUAAACGAAACUUGAACCAGAUAAAACCUAAGCAUCAGCUCAACGACGAGGUGCUUCGAAAUUUGUUAGUUGAAGUGGAAAACACCGUGAACUCUCGACCGCUUACUCACGUUUCAUCGGAGGAUCCAGAACAACCAGUAUUAACUCCGAAUCAUUUCCUCGUUGGAUCAUCGAACGGACUAAAACCAGCUUCGCUAUUGGACGACAGUGAAAAGGCCGUUAGAAGAACGUGGCGAUCAUCCCAGGUGGAGGCAAACAUAUUCUGGAAACGUUGGGUACGCGAUUACCUUCCUGAUCUAACCCAACGCUCUAAAUGGCAUACCCCUGCGGAACCCAUACAGGUGGACGACAUCGUGGUUAUAGUCGAUGCUAAUCUGCCAAGAAACUGUUGGCCGAUAGGUAGAGUCAUCUCAGCGGAAGCGAGCUGCGACGGAGAGGUACGAAAGGCCGUGGUUCAGACGGCUAAUGGAAUCUACGAACGACCUGCAGUGAAACUAGCCGUAUUGGAUGUUCGACGUAAAACAGAGUAA